AUGAUGUCUCAUUGUCAUUUUACAUUUGCAGGAAAAGAAUGGUGCACACAUAAUUGUUCAUUUAUAACGACCAAACAAAAAGAACCACAAAAAAAGGAAGUUGUGAAGGAUGUUACUUCAACUUAUAAGGGAAAAGAAGCGGAAAUUGUUCCUUUAUCUUUGUCAAACUACCCUGACGUUGAACAAAGUCAAGCUGCUGACAAGACGAAUAAAUUAAUUAAUACAAGUAAAUUACUUGCUGUAGUGCGUUCAAAUGCUAAAUUCUCAGAAGAAUUGCUUAAACUUUAUAAAGCGGUGAAUAACCUCAAACCAAAGGCUAUGGAGACUGACAAUAAUAACCAACAUGAAGUUAUUAUUUCAAAGGUAAAUGAAGAGAUAAUUUUAAACGCUGCAUCACUAUAUACUUCAUUUGAUGAAGAUGAGGACAUGGAUGAAUAUCUUCCUCCUAAUCAUACAAAGUCUGGCAGUAAGUGA